AUGGUAGGAUCGUAUCUUCAAGUCAUUAUCAUGUAUCAACAUGAUGGGUUUACAAUGGAAGGUCCGAAAUAUGUUUCAAAUCGGUCGAAAAGAAUUGUAGCCCUUGCACGCUCUCAAAAUUACCUUGAAGAAUCAGACUCGGAAGUGGAUUCAGAUGAAUCAUGCAUUCCAGAUGAGGACCUUACUAUCCAAGAUCCUCGCAAUGAAACAGAUAAUGACGAUGACUCUCCCAAUGAUGAUGAUCGCGAUGAUGAAACUAUUCGAGAAAUAUUUGAAGUCGAAAAUACCGCAGUUCGCGAAGAAACUGGAGAGCAACCACAGUCUGACAUAACUUCUGGUGGAAGCAGACUAAUCACUCCACAGAAGCCUGCUGAUGUUGCUAGCUCAUCUACGCGUUCUGAUGACACUCUAGAUGAGAGUCGUCUUCCAGUUUCUUACUACGGAAGAAACAAGUGUUUCACAUGGUCAUCAACUCCUGUUCGCUCUAAGACGCGAACAGCAGCAUCCAAUAUAAUAAAGCCUACUGGUAUAAGACAAGGAACGUUGGAUGAGACAUAUGGCUUUUUCAGUGGCAUAGAUAAAGAAGCCCCAGCGGCGGUUAAUCUUGGGAAACUGGAGAGAAAGGCCUUUGCAACUGGGUCUGAGGCAGAUCCACCAAGCAGUGGAAGACCCAAGAAAUAUGACAACAAUUAUGAACUUACUGAAUGCUUAAAUGCAUCAAUGCUCUCUGCUGGUAGUCUGUGA